AUGGCCGGGCCGGUCAGCGGUCAGCUGUUGUGGAUGCCCAAGCGGCACCGGUGCCGUGAAUAUCAGCGUAAGAACCAGUGGCUAACCAGCAGCGGACGUGCCCCCACGGCCCAGGCUGCACCUGAGGCUUAUGUCGAAGAAUACAGCUACAAUCCUGAAUGUGUAGUAAUUGCUAAUACAGCGUGCAGAAAUUUAGCAGACCGUCCAGAACACCGUUCGCUGCUGGAAGAUGUUGAAGCGGAUCCGCUGCAUCGGCGACAAUGGCGACUGGAGCCGCCGCCGGGGCAUCGCCCGCGCCCCACCCACCCGCUGAGACCGAGGCGGCCGCAGCGCCGGCAGCGGCAGCGGCAGCGGCGGCGGCGCUCUAUAAAAGACACGCCGGCCGACUCGGCGGCACUCCACUCCGCUGCGGACGCCAUCCAGAAGCCACUACCAGUAUCCGGCGCAGCUGGCCGCUCUCCAAUCACACAAACAGCUCGACUCGGCAUGAGAUACUCGUGGGCCUUGUGUCUGGCGGCGACGCUGUCGCUGGCGGCAGGCCAAGUGCCCGGCUUUGGCGGCUGUCCGGUUUACCAGCCCAUGACCAACUUCGACCUCUCCAAGUACAUGGGCACGUGGUACGAGGCGGAGCGCAUGUUCGCCGUGACGGAGGCAGGAGCCCGUUGCGUCUCCGCUACAUACAGCAGCUUCCCGGGCGACAAAGUGCGUGUGACCAACCAGAUCACCAACAGACUCACUGGACUGACGCGGCAGCUGGACGGGGAGAUCAAGAUGGUAGGGAAGGCAGGCGAGGCAAAGCUCUCUGUGAAGUACUCCUCCCUACCAGUAUCGAUUGACUCUGAGUACAUGGUGCUGGACACAGACUACGAUACCUACUCCAUCGUGUGGUCAUGCAGCUCUCUCGGACCCUUCGUGAACAGGCAGAACGCGUGGAUCAUGACCCGCGAGCGGCUGGCGCCGGACCCCGUGCUGCAGCGAGCCUACGGCCUCCUGGACAACUUCAAGAUCCGGCGCACGUUCUUCGUGAAGACGGACCAGGAGAACUGCGACUACGUGGCCGCGCCCGGCGCCUCCGGCGACGCAGCCCCGGCCACCACGACCGCCGCAGCAGCGCCCGCCGCCCCCGCGGCCGCUGCCAACCCUGCCCCCGCGGCCGCCCCCGCUGCUGCUCCUGUAGCGUCUUCCAGAAGGUUUGUCAGGGAGACGGCAGCCCUGGACAAGGAGGAGGCGAGCGCCGGCCACAAGAAGCCCCUGGCUGAUGUCGCUCGCGAGAAGAGGCCGGCCACCAAGCCGGACAAGGAGCAGGACAAGGACAAGGCCCCCAACAAGAAGGCCUCCAGCGGCACCGCCUAGCGGGACACAGUCUCUAUUUAUUUCCUAGUUUGUAGUCACGUACUAUUUAUUUGAUCGCCUUCUUUUUGUACGAAAUAAAAAAAAACUUUUUUCUAAUA